AUGAGGCUAAGAUCCACCCUAGAGGCACCACUUGGGCUCAGGGUUCUCUUGACCAUGGUCCGAGUGAUAGUAGAAAGGACUCUUCGUGUUGCCAAGAGAACUACUAGCCAGGGUAUUAGAGUCAAAGACGACGCCCUGGACGGGCAAAACGACAACUAUCUAAAUACGAUGGAAAGAUAUUAUGCUAAGAAAGAUGCAUCAAAUAGUAAUACAGGAAAUAAAGAGACAGAGAGUCGGCUUGAACAGAAAAGACCGAGGAUUGAACUUGAUUUGAGAGAUAUAGUUGAUGAUCCAGGCAAUAGAAAGCCAAUUGAUGAGUUUCAUCAUGACAUUAGGGAUGAGGCUAGGAGAGCGUAUCUACAGAAAGGUCCAUAUAGGCCAACUGGUCAUAAGUUUUCAAAAACAAAAGUCAAUGGUAAAGGUCAAGCAAGAGGAUUUGUUGGAUCAUGGUUUGAUCAAUUUGAUUGGUUUGUCAAUGAUAAAGGAAAUGUCAUUGAGAGGUUUCUUGGCAUUGAACAUGUUUCUGGCACCACAUCAUAUUCACUAAAGGAAGCAUUGGAUACUAUGCUUAGGAGGUAUGGUCUAUCUAUUUCCAAGAUUAGAGGACAAGGAUAUGAUGGAGCUUCAAACAUGAGAGGACAGUUUCAUGGAUUACAAAGGCUGGUAUUAAAUGAAAACCCAUUUGCCAAGUGUUGUACUUCAACAUUUGAUUUCUUCAAUUAUGUCACUUCAAUUGUCAAUACUGUUAGUGUUUCUUGCAAAAGAAAAGAUCAACUCCUCCAAAAUCACCAUGACCAUCUUGUUCAGCAAUUAGAUAGUGGUGAUAUUUUUCCUGGGAGAGGGAAAAACCAAGAAACUAGUCUUGCUAGGCCUGGUGAUACACGGUGGGGAACACAUCACAAAACAUUGGCACGUCUUAUGCUCAUGUGGGGUUCUGUACUUGAGGUGUUAGAGAAUGUUAGUGAAGAUGGAACUGAUGGGGAAAAGAAAACUAUUGCAUCUGGAUUAAUAACAAAAAUGGAGUCAUUUGAAUUUGUGUUCAUAUUACAUCUUAUGAUUAGAGUAUUGGGGUUGACUCAAGAAAUAUCACAAUGUUUGCAAAGGAAAAAUCAGAACAUUGUUCGGGCAAUAGGAUUGAUUGGUUCUGUGAUGAGAAAUAUGAAUGCCAUGAGGGAAAAUGGUUGGGAUGAUCUUUUUGAAGAGGUCAAAAGCUUUUGUGUCCAAAAGAAGAUAGACAUUCCUAAUAUGGAAGAUAUGAUACCAGUUAGAGGUCGUUCCAAAUUCCGUGGUGCCAAAUUAGUGACACACUACCAUCAUUUUUCAUCAUGGAAUUUUCAUUGCUGUGAUUGA